AUGUGCGGAUCAUCGUCAGAGACGGACCCAGUGUUCCAAUCGAUUAACCCAUCCUUGUAUGAUCCCAAGCAUGUCUUAGACUCAGAAGAGUUUGAAAUCCUCACCGAUCCAAACCAAGUUAAGGCUUAUUCGGAUGAAGACAAAAACAUUGCAUGCUGUUACAAUGACAAACAACAGCUCAACAUGGUCAAGAAGCCUAUGCCAAAGGCCCAUCCCGGCCAAGCCUUGGUCCGUGUUAGGGCAACCGGCAUCUGCGGCAGUGACAUCCAUUUCUGGAAACAUUCGAGAGUUGGAGAGAAGAUGGUUGUUAAGCAUGAGUGUGGAGCCGGACACGAGUCCGCUGGAGAAGUGAUAGCUCUCGGCGAAGGAGUAACUGAUCUACAAGUUGGUGACCGGGUUGCGAUUGAAGCUGGUAUUCCUUGCUCCAAACCUACGUGCGAUAUGUGUCGAACAGGCCAAUACAACGCUUGCCCGGAGAUCAUCUUCUGCUCCACCCCACCUUACCAUGGUCUCAUGACCCGGUACCAUGCGCACCCAAGUUGCUGGCUACACAAGCUACCACCCAACGUCUCCUAUGAAGAGGGCUCAUUGCUCGAGCCUUUGGCCGUUGCUCUGGCAGGGAUCGAACGCGCCGGAAUCCGGCUGGGCGACCCAGUGUUGAUCUGCGGAGCCGGACCCAUUGGACUUGUCACUCUUCUCGCAUGCCAUGCCGCUGGCGCGUGUCCGAUUGCGAUCACCGACCUCUCCGAAAGUCGAUUGAGCUGCGCCAAACGACUCGUGCCCUCUGUCUCGACCUUCCAGGUCUCCCUAGGGGAGCCUGAGACCGAGGUGGCCCAAAAGAUUCAAUCUGCCAUGGGUUGUAAGCCCCGUGUGGCAAUGGAGUGUACAGGCUUCGAGUCUUCCAUCGCCACCGCAAUCUUCAGCGUCAAGUUCGGUGGCAAAGUUUUCGUUAUCGGUGUUGGCAAAGAUAAACAAACGCUUCCCUUCAUGCACAUGAGCGAAAACGAGAUCGAUCUGCAAUUUCAAUUUCGAUACGCAAACCAAUACCCCAAAGCCAUUCGACUGGUUUCGACCGGACUGAUUGAUGUAAAACCAUUGAUCACUCAUCGAUUCGGUCUGGAAAAGGCCAUUGAAGCCUUCAACACAGCUGCCGAUCCGAAAUCGUGCUCAAUGAAGGUUCAAGUUGUAGAUUACUAG